AUGAACGCGGCGUUAAUGCAACAGAUUCAGCAGGGGAAGGGCCUGAAGAAAGCACAGACGGUGGAUAAGUCUGCACCUCUUGUGGCUGGUAAUGUAGGCGGUAACGGUGGUGGAGGCGGUGGAGGAGGGGGAGGACGGAGCGCUUCCUCUUCCGGACCUGCAGCGGGAGGCGGAGGCGGAGGUGGUGAAAGUGUGGGUGGAUCAGAUCCUGCAUCGCAACUAGCAGGAUUAUUCGCGGGUGGAAUGCCAACACUCAAAAAAGCAGGUGGUAGAUCAUCGGGAGGAGGUAAUCUAGCUAAAGCACCUGCCAUACCUGGAAUAUCCAAAGCACCUCCUAAACCUUCAGCUGCACCUCCCCCUCCCCUUGGCCCGUCUCCCGCUUCCAGACAUACUGGUGCACCACCCCCUCCCCCUCCGCCGCCACCUCCACCCGGUCCACCAAAUAGAGGAGCACCUCCAGCACCGCCAGCGCCUCCACCGCCAAGUAGAGCGCCUCCGUCAAGAGUUCCUCCUCCUGCGCGUCCGGCUCCUCCAUCAACUCCAUCUCCAGCACCACAACCACCUGCUCGAUCGGCUCCUACACCACCAGGAAGAGUUCCUCCACCUCCAAUAAGAUCCUCACAUGCUGCUCCACCACCACCUCCACCACCUCCCUCCGCGCCACCAAGUCGAGGCGCUCCCCCUCCUCCCCCAAGACCACAUGGUGCUCCUUCUCUACCGGGUCGACCUACAAGUACUGCAGGUAGAUCCAUACCGCCUCCUCCACCUAGACCCACAAGUACUUCGGGUCCUCCACGUGCUCCUCCACCUCCACCUCGUCCGACUGGACCCCCCGCUCUCCCCUCGCGUACGCCUAGUACAUCCACACCGUCCCGUGGUCUUCCGCCUCCUUUACCUUCCACGAAUCAUUUAUCACCUCCAACACCACCCCGUCGGCCAUCCUCAAAUUCAAUCUCAUCUGGUUCAGCGCCUCCUGCCCCACCUGCGCCUCCACCACCCGCUGCCUCUGGCCCAAGACGGUUACCGCCCCCGAGAGCACCAUUACCGCCUAGAGAACCUAGUCCUGAACCGGAAGAAGAAUAUUAUGAAGAAGAAGAGGAAGCACCGCCUCCACCCGUAGGCAUCAGUCCAGCGAGAAACGCACCUUCCAGAGGUGUGCCUCCUCUUCCGCCAGCUUUACCCAAUUCGUUGAGUCCUGCGGCGCGUGCUGUUCCCCCUCCAUCUGCACCGAGCCGAGCGCCGGCAUCCCCUGCUCCUACUCCAGAAAGAGUGAAACCUGCACCAGCCGGAACACACUUUCCUCCUCCGCCUCCACCACCUGGUAUGGCAUCGCCGUUAUCAAGAGCACCCCCAGCCCCUCCGGUUGUGUCCAAUGGGUAUUCUCAUGAUGACCAAUAUGGGGAUGAAGAAGAUGAAACUCCUGAGCCUCCUGCUGUCGUUGGAAGCUGGACUUUCCCAAUGAAGGGAAUGUUCCCUGCGCCAAGGCCUUGGAGUGGUGGUAAGAAGAGUUAUGUAAGUGGUCGAACUGGUGGAGCCGGUCUGGGUUGUACGGAUUAA